AUGAACUUGCUAGUCUUCAUACACUUAUUCCUCAUAACUUACGGGUUCCAUGCUUCGCCGUUGGUUGUAUCAUCACACAAAUUAGUCAAGGGACUCAAAACUUUCUUACCUGAACCCAUUUCUAGACAUGAUGUUGAAGAUGUUACUAAUAUGCUUAAACACCUAAUAACUGAAUGUUCAUCCGAUGAAUACGUGAUUUUGGAUAUUCCAGGGUUAAGAUACGACGAUUUGAACGAUAAGAAAAGAGAGAAUUGGCCCUUCUUAUCGAAAUAUUUGAGUAUCGCUUCAAGUGAUGUAGGAUUACCUUUUGUGAAUGGAGUGAUAGAUUUGAAUUUUAUUAAAGAUUAUAUUGUUCACAAUUGUGAUGCUGAAUUAUUGACUGCCAAUGUUGAAGACGAGAAUAGUAUCAAUUAUAUCGAUACUCGUACCAAAGUUAUAUAUAUGAAGUUUAAUGAUUUAAACGAAGAAGAUAAAUUCAUAAGAACAGACCAAAUAUUCAAGAUUGAUGAGUUUGUCAGAAGAAUUAUUAGAAAGUUACCUUCACCACAUUAUUCAAUAAUAUUAACAUCAAGUAAAACCUCAGAAAUCACCCCUAUUCCUAUGGAUAUGAUGAGAUCAGAACCUGGUACUUACGGGGUAUUUAACAGUAUUAUAUAUGAUGCCAGAAGAAAUAAUGAAGUAGAAUUGAAUAGUAAUUAUAAAGUAGCCGAACCAUUAUGGAUAGAUAGACCUAAUCCUUUAACCAAAUACUUAUUGGAAAAAGAGAAAAGUCUAGUGAAAUUUUUAGAUUACGAUUUAUGGAUGAAAAAUGAAAAACUCAUCAUGACCAUGAUCCUUAUGAUUCUCACCAUCAUGAUGAUCAAGAUGAAGAAGCUAUUCGAUUCAUUCGCCCCUUCUAGAAAGGAGAAAUUACCAUAA